CCAGUACAAACAAAACAAACGAACAUUGGAGAAAAGUGGCAAAUUUCAGUGACAAUUUUAGUCAGUGAAUAAUUGUAUAGUAGCUAAGAUAUGGAACGGGACGAAUCUUUGUUGAAACGAAAGCGCAACAAACGAAAGCGCAAAAGUCAAACAACACGGAUCUAUCGCAAAAUGGAGCAAGAGGUACAAUUGCUGCUUUCUCACAGCAACAGCAAAAGUCACAUUGGAGGAGAGCAGCUUGCUGUUGAUUUAGAGUUGCGCUCGCUAGAAUUCUUCCAUGGCAGCGGCAUCAGUGAAUUGAAUUCAAUUCAAACGGACCAUAAUAAAAGUGCCGAUGAGGAUUCAAUAGCAACUGGCGGCGGCACAAGACAAGCCGUGAGUUUGGCAGCUACUUUCAUAGCCAUAGAUCUCUCCGAUUCGCCGGUGGUCAGUGCCUGGUUGUAUCAUCAACGGCACUUCUAUGACAACGGUCAACUCUAUGUGCCAAGCUCUAUGUGGUUGCAUGUACCGCUGCAGAUCCGCGACUGUGGGCCCCAACUGAGCCGUGCCCAGAUUCGCAUGUUGAAUCGCUACCAAGAGGAGGCCAAGGGCAGCGGUAAAUGCAAGCUGACUCCGAGAUUCGUGGCGCUGCUUACAGAGAAUGCGUCGGCAACGGGUCGCUUCACAAUCGAUGCGACGCUUUAUCGCAGCAAUUACGGCAGACGUUUCAAAAGCAUUUUCCUUGCCCCGACGCCCGUGCAACAGUUUCAUGGUCUGCCUAAUCGUCGUUGCCUCUGGCUGUGCUUGAAGCAAUUGCGUUUUAGUGCACAUCCCCAGGUGCUGGAAGAGCAUCGACAGGCGCAGCACCUGGAGGAUCUCUACGAUUUGUACAUGCAGCAUGUGAACAAUCAGAUCUGCCGCAAGCUGAGCCAAGAGUUACAGAUGGCACGUCACAUUGUGGCACGACUGCUCAACGCAAAUGAACAGCAAAAGUCGUCGGAACAGUUGGCUGCACACAUCCAACGCCAACUGCGCUUGGUCCACCAGCUGCGCACUCGCUUCUACGCCGAGUCGACAGCACAGCGAACGCUACUCCAACGACUGCUCACGCAAUGGGCCCAGCUGAAGGAGCUGCGACGCCGACAGCGGUUUCAAUGCACACGUUUCCAGCUGAGUCUGCGCUUGGUGCAACCUCCGGAUCUGGACGCUGCUUACACCGCUUGGAAGCAGCGCUUCGAAACGGAUCUGGCCGAAGUUUAUCGCGAGCACUUGGAGGCAUACUACCGACGUCGCCGCUUGUGGCAAAGCGGGGAACAUUCAAGCACACAGCGCCUGAAACCGCCGCGUAAGCCACAAUUUGCCGAGAUUAUGGAAACUCUGAAGGUGCAAUUUGAACGCGCCUUUCAGGAUCCGGAGGAGCCGUUGGUGCAUGUACAACAAGUGAUCGUUGAUGAGUCAGCCAUCAAAGUGCAGUCCAACAAGGAGGAGCAGUCGCAAAAGAGCCGCAACUACUAUCUGAAAAUCUAUCUGGACACCCAAUUUGUGGCCCAGACACGCAGCUAUCGCCUGGAGCCGGAUCUCCAUGUCCACAUGAAUGAGACCAUCGGUGUUCUGCUUGACCGAUCGAUGCCUCAGUUGCUCAACAUUUGGCUCUACGAGAAGUCGUCGGUAACGUCACAUAGUCGCCGCUUGGCACUGAUAAGCACAUCAUUGGCGGGGGAGCAGCGGCGGCAGAAACUUAGCUUUCAGGUUGAGUCAUCCUCGGGUGGAGUGCGUCCCAGGUUGGCGGGAGAUCUCCACGUGCAGCUCGACUAUCGAAACACAGAUGGUGCCGGUGGCAGCGAACUAGAUGACAUUCAAAUCCUGCCUGAAGCGUUGCGUCAAACAUUGCUGCCCAGCAAAUUGCCAGCAUGGCCAAAGAAUGCUGAGAACACUCCGGCAACGCCUAGACCACCAAGUCAGCGAAGGAAACCCGCGGAGCAGCAACAGCACUCGCCACUCGUGUUUGCCGAGCAGCAGCUGCAGCUGUGCAGCGUGGAGGCGCUGCUGGCGAAUCGUCGCUUUCAGCUGCUGCACUCGCGGCAUCAGCAACGGAACCUGCACACCAAGCAGCUGCGCUUUGUGCCCGCUCUGGAGCAUGAAAUUCCUGUAGUCGAAGAGCAACCGCUUGAUAGUUCGGGACAACUGCUGGAUCCUGGCACCAACUGGAACCCGAUAGAUCUGCACAAGCAUCGCGGGCGCAAGUAUCUGCAGUUGCUGUACGAGACGAUCACCAGCCAGUGUGCACAGCGUGCCAAGUCUCUGCAAAGGGCGCGUCCUCUCCUGCAGCUGCUUGACAACAGCUUUGGCCUGGAGCACACGACUGGCUGGACUGCCCUCUGGCGCGCCUUGUGCGCCUUCUUCACGCGCCAAGCGACGACAACGGCGCCACGAAUCCGUGAACCCGCCAGGCCAACACAGUUGCCGCCAUCGCAGCCAGAAACGCUGAGUGGAGCGCGGCAGUUCAAUGUGUCACUGCAUGUGGUGCGGGCAACCGGAGUUCCGGCGCGUAGUCGCCACAUACUCAACGUGGAGCGUCAGGAGAGACGUCGCAGCAGCGAUCUGAGCGCCAGUCUCUUUGUCACGCAGACUUUGAUGUACUCCAAUGUGCGUCCCUUUGUCACGCUGAGCUACGGCCAGCGAUUGAGCCGCAGCAGCACGGCUGAGGGCUCGAAUCCCACUUGGAACGAGCAGCUGCAGCUGCAGCUGACCGGCGAACCGCAUGAGUUGGCGGAAGACAUCAAGAUCAGUCUGUUCGAUGAGCUCAUCGAGCAGCAGUACACGGAUGAGGCAGCCGAUGUCUAUCAGCGGGUGCAGUGCAAUUGGCUGGGCGAAUAUCGCAUACCAAUCAGUCGCCUUUUGGCCAAUCGCAAGUUCGAGGGCUGCAUUGAGCUGUGCAUGCCCAAGGUGCUGGUGGGCUACAAGCGACCACUAAUCGAUUCGGUGACCAACAUAUCUAUCGAACAGUAUCCCGAGUUCAAGGAGAGCGUCCACCUCUGGUUCUAUUUGAGCAUCGAGCCCGGCUGCGAGUUGACGCCCAUUCAAGCUGGCGGUCUUGCCUGCGCCGAGCUGCCACAGCUGCAGCAAUUUCUGGUCGAGCGUCGCCUGGAAUUGCAGCAGCUGUUGCCACAGGCGCAGCAGCGCUAUGUGGAUCCAUUGGUCUGCACGUCGCAGGGCAAGCGCGUCUGUCUGACACGUCUGCUGGAGCCGGUGCCACUGCCCCCAGCACUGACGGCGCCAACCAGCGAUCAGCUGGUGGAGAUCCUUUGCCGCUUUGUUUCGUUGCUGUGCCCGUUGCGCAGCCAGUUGGAUGCUUGCCACAGCUUUCAGGGCGUCUGGCUGGACAAUCAGACGCUGCUCGACAGCACCUGGUGCUCGAUCAAGGAUCUGGGUGUGCUGCUCUGCAACUACCUGCUCACCCUGGGGAUCGAGUGUUGGCUGCUGCUCGGCUUCGCCUGCCCCUACGGCGAAUGCACGUUCGUCAUCUAUCGACACCCGGACAGCGCUGAGCUGCUGCUGCUCGCACCAUCUACAGGCAAACGCUACCAGCUGCAGGAUGUUUUCUGUCCCCUGACACGAGUCCAUUGUAUGGUGGGGCAAGACAACAUCUAUUUCAACAUACAGAGUGAGUCACGCGUCAGCAUGACGAAUUUCAACAUACUCGAUGGCGCCUGCUGGUUGCCGUUGUUCAACAAACACCAGCCAGCGCCUCAGGGUGGCGUCCAUCGUCUGGACUAUGCCUACAAGCGGAGCUAUGAUCUGCGCCAGCUGCAGAAGCAAAUCGAGCGCAAGAUCAUGAAGAAAAUUGCCGCUUGGCGCAGCACACGCAAAACCAUUUGGAAUCGUGCCUUCCAGACGCGUCUACAGCGGAUUUUAAAAGAUAUGGAGAACCUAGCCACCUACUCCGGCAGCCGCUACGAUGAGCCCGCGUACAGUGAGGAACUGGAGCGAGAGUAUCCCAACUUCAGGCUCUACGGCUUUACCAUCAACUUUCCAUAUACCAACCUUACUGCCAUAUCGGAGCGCAUUCGAACCACUUGCAUUCACUAUAACAACAAUGCUUUGGUCGAGUUCUGUGUCGCGGUGCACGUUAAGGCCUAUGCUAACGAUGUGCUCUCUGUGUGGGUCUUCCUGCUGUCCAUAGUGCCAUUGGUUGCCUGAACGCAACUGCAACUACAAUUACAACUACAACUACAAAUACAACCGCAACUACGUAUCGCAACGCUAUGAAUCAAUGUACGUCCAAAAACAAUGUCGAAAGAUACUACCUGACUGACGUUUGCCUCUACUGAUAAAGCAGCCGGGUGUCUUCAUAGAUAAUGCUAAUCAAUAAAAAAUAACUAUGAUCCCUGCCCCCGAUUGUACUCCUGACUUCGGAUCACCCGAUGGCAU